AUGAACCAAGAGAAACUCGCCAAACUGCAGGCACAAGUGCGCAUUGGUGGGAAAGGAACUGCUCGUAGAAAGAAGGUGGUUCACAGAACAGCUACAGCAGAUGAUAAAAAACUUCAGUUCUUAAAGAAGUUAGGGUGUUUAAUAAUAACAAACCAAGGAACAGUGAUCCACUUUAACAACCCUAAAGUUCAGGCAUCUCUGGCAGCGAACACUUUCACCAUUACAGACCAUGCUGAGACAAAGCAGCUGACAGAAAUGCUACCCAGCAUCUUAAACCAGCGUGGUGCAGACAGUCUGAUUAGAUUAAGGAGACUGGCUGAAGCUCUGCCCAAACAAUCUGUGGAUGGAAAAGCACCACUUGCUACUGGAGAGGAGGAUGAUGAUGAAGUUCCAGAUCUUGUGGAGAAUUUUGAUGAGGCUUCCAAGAAUGAAGCAAACUUUAUUGAGUCAACUUCUGAAGAAGAUAAACUUGAAGUUUUUGGGAGCUGCUAUUUUAUAUUAUGA